AUGAAGGCAAGAAGGCAAGUUUCAAGAUUGUAUCGAGAUAAUAACUUCCGAGUUUUCUUUCCGGAAGAGAUAAUGGCUACCGUUCCUUCAAACAUCCAAACCAGUUACCACACUCGUUCUAAUAGCUUUCCCUCUCGAUCACACCCUUUAACUUCAGAGGUUGAUGAGCAUUUGAGUAGAUUGGCAUCAUCCAAGUCAGCAUCUACUUCAUCAUCGUUAAACUACAAACUCGGCAGACUUCAAGAUUUGCAUGAUUGCAUUGACAAACUGAUUCAGCUGCCCUUCACUCGACAAAUAUUAUCCCAAGAGCAGAAGAGGGAAUGUGUUGAUGAGCUGUUUAAUGCAUCUCUCAGGCUUUUAGAUGUAUGCGCCGCAGUCAAGGAUGCCUUGUUGCAAGUAAAGGAAUGCACAAUAGAACUGCAAUCCGUCUUCCGCAGAAAGAGAGAUGCUACAAUAAUGAGGUCAGAAAAUACUUGA